ACUGCUGAUCUAGGCAUGCGCACUGGGCCAUGUGGUAGCCACUCACGGUAGCCUGUACUUGUAGCGUCUGUUGGUAGCCUGAAAUACUGUAUAGGUUCUAUUUGUGUUUGGAUAUGAAAAUGGACCUACUGUUUUUAUUUCUGUUGAGCUUUUCUGGCCUAGUAUUCGUGGAGAGCGUUGACUUCGAUGUCCAGCGCAAUGUCUUCACCAUCGACGACAAAAUCUUCUGUGCCAGGCUGGACUGUACUGCCGACAUCCGCACCGACACUGACAUCUACGCAUUGAUCAAGAUAUCCAUCCUAGGGUCAGUUCGCAGACAGAUUGCAUCGGUUUCUCUGUCCACUCUCUUCAACUCUGACGCAAACAGCCUGUCUGUUUUAGGCCAUGCGUUUAACAACCAAGGCAAACUGACUGUCAAUAUUCGGAAUUCAUCCAUUUGCGUACCCGAUGAUGUGAUUUGUGAAGUGGAUUUCAUAAACCUCCAAGGAAACAACGCCACAAAAGUAACUAAAUUAAACCCACAGUCAACAAAAUCAGGAAGAUCAAUUAUACUUAUGAAUUUAAAAGCGGAAGUGCCACAUUUCGAUAAGACUAUAGAUAGUAUGGGAUAUUUCUUAAAAACUUUAAAAGAGCGAGAAAAUUCUGAAGUCUCUGAUAUGACUUUAUCUUUAAAAGUGUCAAAGUUGGACGCGGUAGGAGUUGUUUCUAAUUAUUCAAAUGUCGCCAUAUCAGAAACGUCUAGAAAUGGUAAUCAAUUUGUAACUAGCCCUGAAAGCGUUCGAAAUGUUACUCAAUUCGUGGCUUCCAACAACAAACUAGAAUUUGAAGACAAACUUAACACAGCCACGUCCAACUUUUACGCUAAGUUGGGAGAGUUGGAAGAGAAAUUGUUGAAAAAAAUCGAGGAAAGCGAAAACAAAACAGCUGGCAGGUUAGAAAUCUACAACGUGACGAGUGUUCAAAUGGAGACGCAUGCGCCGAACUUGACUUCCGGAUUGGAGCAGAGGCUGAAUCAAGUGAUGGAGAUCUUCAACCAAAGCCUGGCAGCUCACGGCGCAGAAUUAAAGGAAACUUCCUCGUCUCUGGUUCUACUCAAUUCCACCGUGUACGAACUCAAACGGGAAUUCCAGAAUUCGGCCAAGUGUGUCAAGAGCACGGACAAUUACCUGCCCCAUCGCAUCAAGGUCACGCUGGAUGGUGACAAAGAGGCGCUGUGUGAUACCAUCACUGAUGGGGGAGGGUGGAUCCUGAUACAGCGACGCAUCAAAGGCGACGUAAACUUCACCAGAGAAUGGAGUGAUUACAAGAACGGGUUCGGAUCCCUCAAAGGAGACUUUUGGCUGGGAAACGACAUCAUAUCCAAACUUACAUCACAGGGCUAUACCGAUCUGAGAUUUGACAUCAAGUACAAAAACAAAAAUUACUACGCCGUCUACAACAACUUUAAAGUCCAGGACGAGACGCUCGCCUACAAGGUCAGCUUCACCACCUACUCGGGGAACGCCACCGACAACUUCCAGAGCCACAACGGCUCCAAGUUUUCCACCCCAGACCGCGACAACGACCGGGAAACGACGGAGCACUGCGCGCAGGAGUUUAAAGGCGGCUGGUGGUACCACGAGAACUGCCAUCUCGUGAACCCCAACGGCGUCUGGGGAAGCCGGGUGGAGGGGGAGGGGGUGAACUGGUCUGCUGUGACGACGUUCCGGGACUCGGCGGAAAGCAUGGAGAUGAAGCUUCGUCAGGCGUAAACAAACGCACGUGGGUGGGCGUGGUUAGAUACCAACGUGUUGAUUGCGCUUCAUGUUGUUUUCGCAUUUUUAUAAUUUUUUUCUUCUUCUAAUAGAUAUUCAUGUCUUCAUAGCCUGUACACGGUUUUUAACUAUCUACAUUUCUUUCUGUUUGAUGAACCCGCAUAUUGUAUAACAGAAC